AUGAGAUGCUGUAAAUAUUCGGGGUUACUAUCGAGUACCUUGGUGUUACUUGUUCUGGCUUGCGCCAUUUCGAAAACGACUACUCAGGAAAUAACCGAUACGGAACUUUUAAGCAACUGCAUUGAAGGAUGUAGCCUCAACGAUUGUCAGAAUGGCGAAUGCAGUUGCAAGGAAGGAUUCUAUAGGAAACUAGGUAGCGAGCACUGCGUUGAGAAUGUUUGUAUUCCGCAGUGUUCGGAAACCCAAAAGUGUGAGACUGGCAAGUGCAAUUGUGUAGAGGGCUAUGAAAAUUAUGGCGUAGGUGGUGCCUUCAAUUGUAGCAAACCAGCUGAGAGGAACAAAAAUAACUGCUCUGAAGAUUGUGGGUUAAAUGGAUAUUGUUUGAAUACAACAUGCAUUUGUAAGGAAGGUUUCUACAAGAAACUAGGUCAAGAAGACUGCGUUGAGAAUGUUUGCACUCCGCAGUGCUUGGAAAACCAAACGUGCUCGAAUGGCAGCUGCACUUGUGUAGAGGGCCAUGAAAAUUUUGGCGUAGGUGGUGCCAUCAAUUGUAGCAAGCCGCUUGGGAGCACAGAAAUCAGGAAUGAAACUGUGAAAGUUAUAGCACCUGUAACCCACAGCACCACAACAACAUCAACAACAACAACAACAUCAACAACACCAUCAACAACGACAACACCACUCACGACUUCCACACAGAAUCCACCAUCAACAACGACAACGACUUCCACAGAGUAUUCAACAACCACACAAAAAGAAAACGAAAAUACAACAUCUGCCAAACCAACACCUAAACCCAAACCACAUACGCGAAAAUCUGGCAUGAGCCCAUGGGCCAUUACGGGAAUCAUUUUUCUAGUGGCUUGCCUAGUAGGAUUUGGUGGAUUCAUGUUAUACAGACACAAGCAACGCGGCGCUUACAGGGCUACCUCCACAAUCUACCUCAAGCCAACAAUAACAACAAGAUGUACAAGCACAACAGCUGAGCCAACAUACCCACCAACAACGGACACACCACCCGUGCCUACAACGGCUGAACCAACACCAGAGCCAACAACUCCGGAACCGACAACACCUAAACCUACAACACCAGAACCAACAACUCCGGAACCGACAACACCUGAGCCAACAUCACCAGAGCCAACAACUCCGGAACCGACAACACCUGAGCCAACAACACAAGAGCCAACAACUCCGGAACCGACAACACCUAAACCUACAACACCAGAACCAACAACUCCAGAACCGACAACACUUGAACCUACAACACAAGAGCCAACAACUCCGGAACCGACAACACCUAAACCUACAACACCAGAACCAACAACUCCGGAACCGACAACACUUGAACCUACAACACUUGAACCCACAACACCAAAGCCAACAACUCCGGAACCGACAACACCUGAACCGACAACACCAGAGCCAACAACUCCGGAACCGACAACUCCUGAACCUACAACACCAGAGCCAACAACUCCGGAACCGACAACACCUGAACCCACAACACCAAAGCCAACAACUCCGAAACCGACAACACCUGAACCGACAACACCAGAGCCAACAACUCCGGAACCGACAACACCUGCACCUACAACACCAGAGCCAACAACUCCGGAACCGACAACACCUGAACCGACAACACCAGAGCCAACAACUCCGAAACCGACAACUCCUGAACCUACAACACCAGAGCCAACAACUCCGGAACCGACAACACCUGAACCGACAACACCAGAGCCUACAACUCCGGAAACGACAACCCCUGCACCUACAACUUCUUCACCUACCUCUCCUGAACCAACAACAUUUUCAACAACAACAGCAGAGCCUACAACACCAAAAACUACUACGCUUGCACCUACAACAACGGGAGCCUCAUCUACACCAACAUCCACAAUGGCACCUUCAACAACUAAAUCGACUUCGACAACUACAAAUACAGUCCCAUCAACGAAAACAAUGACAUCAACAACCGAAUCCACAAUUCCAACCAGAACAACAAAUUCUACAACAACAACCGACUCAACAACUAAUUCUACAAGUUCACCAACAACAACAACCAGCUCAAUAACCCCUUCAUCGACAUCAGAGUCCACAACAGAUAGCCCAGUCCCAUCUAUGACCGCAACAAUAUAA